CCUCCCUGCGCCCCCAGGUAUCACGGGACGGACGGUCGUACGAUGGUGGUCCUCGGGCGCAUAAGUUUGCAGCUCCAUCGCCCCAGCUCAUUCUCUUCGGUGCUCGCGCUCGCGUCCAGCCAGCUCGAUUGAGCUCGAAAGCUCACCGCCCUCCUCGAUGAAGAGGCACUGGCCGCGGCUUGAGCUCGGCAGAGGAUCGGAGCCCGUGGAUCUAUCUGAAAGCUGAUCUUCUCUCUCACGCUGCUCCCCCCUGCUCCUCCUCCGCCGUUGCUUUCAAGGUUUUUGCCGAGUGCACGAGGGUUUAGAGUCCUAGGCCGGAGCGAGCCGGAACGUCGAGUAUAACCUGCAUGCUUCAAGAUUAACACUUCUUUGGCGUGAUACGAAUCUAAAGAAUCGUGGGCAAAAAUUGUACUCGUACGUAGCACCUCGGGCUUAGAUUUUGUGCGCCGGGAAGGUUGACAGUGUGCUCACUCGAAUCCAGUCCACUGUCUUUAAAGCCAAGAAAAAAAGUCAUCGGCAAGGCGCUUCCGAAUUGUCCAGUUUAAAAGUGAGGCCCCAAAGCUCCGGAGCAGUUCUUGCUGCUGCGCUCCUCCUCUCCUCCUCCUGCCCCUUAGACUCAAGCUGAAGAAGAAGCCUCAACACUCGAGUGUAAUCGCGAAGCCAAACCAAAAUGCCUCGACACGCUUGCUGCGCCAAGCAGAAGCUUAAAAAGGGAUUGUGGUCUCCCGACGAGGACGAGAAGCUCGUCCGCUACAUCAGGGCCCAUGGGCAUGGCUGCUGGAGCGCCGUCCCCAAAUUUGCCGGCCUCUCGCGAUGUGGCAAGAGCUGCAGACUCAGGUGGAUCAAUUAUCUGCGCCCGGAUCUGAAGAGGGGAGCCUUUUCCCAAGAGGAAGAAAAAACUAUCAUCGAGCUCCAUGCUGUCCUCGGAAACAGGUGGUCUCAGAUCGCCACGCACUUGCCUGGUCGAACAGACAAUGAGAUAAAAAAUUAUUGGAAUUCCUGCAUAAAGAAGAAAUUCAGACAGCAAGGAAUUGACCCGACCAACCAUGGGCCGACUCAUCUUCACCCGCACCAGCAAAACCGCAAUUGCCGCAACAUGGCCUUCAAGUCCCAAGCCGGUAGACACAAUUCCGCAGGGACUUACAAUUCUCUGGAUAGAGAAUCCUCAGGAGAAUACUCGACGUUAACUAGCGAUCAAACCCAUUCGAAGCUGGGCACGCAGUCUCGACCUUGGCCGGUGAUCUCACGAAUCUACCCGUCAAUGGGUGCCACAAGCUUGAAGAGUUGUAAUUCUACUCCGAACUUGGAUCACACCAACAACAACUUGAAUCCUGUGUCUAUGGAGAAUUAUCACAUGUUCCUGCAGAAUGUUCUUCAGAGGAAUGGCCAACUCCUUGAGAACAUUGUGAACCCAGGAGCUGCGAUGGGGCGUCCGAACUAUGGAAAUUCGAAUCCAUUUAUAUCAUCGAAUUCCGGAUCAAGCUCCGAGUUCUAUGACCCUCAUGUUACCCCUAGCGUUCCUGAGGAGCCAGCACCCUUGACUUCAAUUCCACCAGCCUACAACCCAAUGUACUGGGCUCCGUCAUCCAAUGGGUGUUUGAGUUCGACCAAAUCCACACUUUCGGCGGGUUCAGAGUUUUCGACGACGGGUUUUGGAGAGAGCACUCUCAUGGUGAACUCGGGAGGAGGUGCCUCAGAUUCUUUCAAUACAACGCGUCCACCUUCAAUCAGCAGUCUUUACGGCGAAGAUCUUUCAUUGGGAGCCAUUGUGGCGGCUGCCAACAAGAGCACACUUACCGGCUCCUUUCCCUCCAGCGACGCAUCCCAAGAUUGUCUUUCACCUGGGGAUGCCAAGGUUGCUGCUGCUUUGGAGUGCCCACGCGGUAAGGUCAGUGAGCCGCUGUCUCCCAUCGAGCUCAUGAAUGGGGCACAGAUCUUUCCAUCAAGCAAUGGCUACUGUGGAAUUGAAGAUGGUGGAACUCCAGAAGAAAGUACAGGUACAAAUUCAGUUCCUCCCAUUGACAGUGACAGUAUACUGGAGAUUACAAAUUGGGGUGAUUUGCCUGAGAUCAGUGUUCUGGAUGUAUGCGAUCCAGUUGUGUCUGCUGGUUCUGGAGUGGCAGUGGAUAUUGAUCAAGAUCUUGUGUUGGCUAUUGAGGAGGGAGCAGUUGGGGACCAGACUGCUGAGAUCCCGAAUGUGGCAGCGAAGUUGUCUCUUUUCGAAAUGCUCACUGAUUUCGGUGAGGUCUCUAAGGCAUACAAGAAUUCGAACCGCAACCAUUCGCAGGACACCGUUUGGAAGAGUGAGGCACCUCUCUUUAGGAGAGACCACACGCCUGCAUUUUGGCAGGCGACUGCAACUGGAAACUGUGUCUAAGGAUUAGAUAGAAAUCACAGAUGCCAUGUCUGAAGGGAGUUUUUCCAAUGAUCGGUGACAUCUAAAUGGUUUUCAUGAUGGUAGCACGAGUAACGCUUAUCCAACAUUGCUCUCAAGUGGUUAGCCAUGUGGAUGAUGAGGGAGUGACGAGUGAUUUUUCAAUACAUGGACCGUUCUUGGUACCCUGCAAAUGUACUUAUCUAUAUACUUCAUCCUCGGGGUAUCUCCUUCGAAUAGUUCUAGGCACUAGUUAGACAUUGCGGUUGCUCCCAUCUUGUCAUCACUGCCUGAUGGCUUAGUUAGGAAAUAACACUCGGACUUUCUUUUGUACAUAGUUAUGGAGUCUCUUCAUUUAGCUUACCAGCUGUAUAUACAUUGACGAGUUCCUACCAUGAAACCAAAAAUUCCAUGGAUUUCAUCCCUUCAGCGGAAAUGACAACAACAACUUCUUUUGAGUAAUAGGC